CGCGAACAGUUCGCUUUCGUGGGAGCGCCCAAUCGAAAAGUGCGGAUUUUGAAGGACGGACCACGGAUCGACGGAUUGCCCUUCUAGGCUUUUGGCUUCUUUGGUGUUAAAGACUUUUCUGAUCCACGCCUGGAUGUAUGUAGUUGUUGGUGCUUGGUGAUUUUUCUUCUUCUUGUGGAUGAAUGUGUCUUUGGAAUCUUUGGAGUUUAUUUUUCUUGGCUCCUGACUUGGAAGAGCGCAGGGGCUGUCGUGAGUCGAGAUUUUUGAGUGCGAUUCAAGGGAUCCCGAGUGCCAUUUUGAUAAGAGGUUGCUAGAUCUAAGGGAUUCCCAGGUCUGGUUUGGAGGAGUGAACUUGGUUAUUUUAUGCUUUCACGCGCAGGCAAACGUGUCCCGGGUGUGAUAUCGCUGAAAGUCGUCUUCGGAGGCCUAAUUGUAGAGCACCGGGUUUUGAACUUUCCCGCCGGGAAGGUUUCUUGGAGCUUGAUAGGGGUCUGUUUGUUGUUUUGGGGUUGGAGUUGAGUGGUCAACAACACUACGGUAGCGCUCAGCCUUUGGAGAUGUUGUGUGAUGUUGUUGGUGUUUUUCCUUAAGAAAAUAAGUGAAUUUGGGUCUGUUUUCCAACCCUGACCGGUUGAUUUUGCGGAUUGAAACCUCCACCCACAAACGGAAAGGUCUCAUCGAGUUUGAAACCUUUUUUCGGCCCAGGAUUGGAGCCACGAUAUGAUUUUCCACUUGAGUGAUAAUGGAAAAGUGCGUAAUCGUGUAUUGAAACCGAGAAGUGAAUCAAGCGAUAAAGAGUGAUUUCUCGACAAAGAAACCAAGUUGAGUGAUGAAAAACGACCGAAUCAAAAAAUUGCUCUGUCUUUUAUCGAGUGAAAUUGUUUGGUGUUUUUCGCGAAAAGCUCGUCAAGUUUCCCGUUCUUCGAAAUUGAAUUGGUGACUUGCAAGUUUUCCUGAAGCAGUGACAAAAUCCAGUCUAUUGGAAAACUUUUCAUCCUCGGAAAGAAGAAAAAAUUUCCUUCGAUCGAAACAUACAAUCUACAAUAAAGGCGGAUUUUAUUACUCAGAAAAACGGCCGUCUGGAAAGUUAUUCGUGAGGGCAUAUUUUUAUGAUCGUAUGUCACUGUGGAAAUGGAGCGCCGGAAAUAGCCAAAGAAAUUAUUGGUCCAGCCAGUUUAACACUUCACCCACAUGGCGCCGCGGCCAAAUGAAAUCGCCGUCUAUCAGCGGAGGAGGAGCAUUCAUCACUAAUUCAAGAGGAUAAUCGAUUCGAUUGAAUGUAACCGCGCUCUCGACUUACUACUCGGAAUUGGAUUACUUACUCGUGAAUAUAUGAAUCGAGCUAGCUACCUUUGCAUGUGAUGUAUGUGCUCAAUUACUCGGGAAUCCAAAGUGAAGAAAAAAGGAAGCGGGUUCUGUGAAAAUUGAAUCUAUACCCAGCACACCACACACGCCGAUUUGUGCAAACCACUCCACUCCAAAUUGAAGCAUCAAUCAGCGAGUCCCUUGAAAGGGUGCACCCAAAGCGCGCUAUAAAAUCAUGCAGCUCCCGGAGUGAUUAAGUGAACCGAGUGAGUGUGUCUCUAAGUGCAUCAAGCACAGCGGCACCUUGCUUCUUCUAUAUCUACUAGUUAGAUCCGUAGCGAAUUUGUGUAGAGAUAUACUAUAGUAGUGUGGCAGCAGAUGGAACCGAUUUAUCUACGACGGUGCACAUUCUUAAUCUGCUCCAGAUGGUCGAAACUGCAACUGCAUCUAGAGGACGCCGUUGAUGAGAACAUACCGAAAAAACAACGAAACGUUUGCCUCUGUCUACACUGGGGUGUGGGAAAAACUUUUAUGCGCACAUACUAAAAUCUGCAGCAGAUGCAGCAUCUAGCAACGAGCAGCAGGUCUAGAGAGGCUCAACACGAGAUGGCUCAACCUUUAUGCUCUAGUCCGGACAUCCUAGAGCCAACAACCAUCGGAAACCAUUAUCACCUAAAUUGAAUGAGCAUAGGCGGGCCAUCCCCAUUCCGGAGAUUUUGUCACUUGGAAAAAGGGCCGUCCUACAAGCUACUCGACAACAAGCAAACUCUAGAGCUGCAGCCAUAUUUAUGCUGGCGACAAGUACAAUAAAUUGCAGCAUCUUUUCGGUUGCUCCAUUGAUCGAAAAUUUGUCCCUUCGAAGAUGCAGCUACCAAUCGAGGGGGCGAACCAAAACGGAAGUUGUGAGUGUCAGUGCCAGUGCCAGUGAGAUAAACAUCCCGAACACAUGUCUCGGGGAGGGAACCAGAACAGAAAAUAAAAUCCGGUAUCAGCUCCGGAGCUGCCAAACAUCAUCAUGAGUGAUUCGGAAAACUGUUGAUAGGGACAAAACCGUCUAACAAAUCAUCACUACGCUCUCCUGUGACAACCACAUUAUUUAGAAUAAGCCACAAUGCACAUCGAUUUGUGUCAACUAGUAAAAGUUGGGGGCAACUCCACCAUCAACGAUUGCCGAUAGCGAUUUGGUGUUGGCAUCUCUUUCUGACUGAAACACAACUUCAAACGUGCCCCUCUCUCUCGUGAUUUAGGUUGUGAUGUGAACAAUUUUCUUCGGAGGACCAACAACAAGAACCAAAAGUGUCAACGACGACGACGACGACGACGACGACGGGGAAGAAAUGGCGGCAACUCCAUUGAAGUUUGUCGAGUACAUGAACGUCAGCUCCCUGGGUGUGAUGAGCUUUUUGAAUGCUGCUGCCGGGAAAAGUGUUGGUCAUGGGCUGGGAAUGGGAACGGGAAACGGAAGUGAGGUUCCUGGGCCGGGUCUUGGCAUAGGAGGAUCCGGUGGCAUGGUUUCUUCGGCUUUGGCGAACAACAGCGGAAGCAGCUUAUCGGGUGGCUACAGUAACGCUGCUGCCGUUAUCAUCAACAAUGAGAGCGCACAGCUGCUGAAUUCUUCGAUUUUCGGCGGAAUCAAUGGCACCGGCACCGGAUAUGGAAGCAGCAGCGGCAGUGGGAUGGGAAUGGGAAUGGGAAUUGGGCCUUCGGUUUUGGGGGGCACCGAACUAAGUUAUGCCGGAACAAAUCUCAGCCUGCCGUUCAACAACUAUGUGCACAAGGAAUUUAUCUUUGAUCGGACCGAUGUGAGAGUGAUUUUCAUAACGUUGUACUCGUUGGUGUUUUGCUGCUGCUUUUUCGGAAAUUUGCUGGUGAUACUGGUUGUGACACUUUCGCGGAGGCUGCGUUCCAUCACCAACUUUUUCCUGGCCAAUUUGGCCGUUGCCGAUCUUUGUGUGGGGGUGUUUUGCGUGAUGCAGAACCUCACCAUCUAUCUGAUAGAAAGCUGGGUGUUCGGGGAUUUCCUGUGCAAGAUGUACCAAUUCGUGCAUUCGCUCAGCUACACAGCAUCGAUUUUCAUCCUGGUGGUGAUCUGCAUGGAGCGGUACUUUGCCAUCAUCCAUCCCAUUACGUGUAAGCAAAUAUUGACGUCCCGGAAGCUGCGGCUGGUUAUCGUGGCGGUUUGGAUAACGUCGGCUGUCUACUCGGUGCCAAAGUUCAUCUUCGUCCGGACGAUCACAAACGACCUGGGCGAUGAUCAGGUGGAAACUAUCUGCAUCAUCGACCGGAAGGCAUUCAACUCGGAGCUGUUCGAUAUCAUCAACUUUGCCUUACUGUAUCUGUUGCCGCUGCUGAUGAUGACCUUCCUGUACAGUCGGAUAGCGAUAGCUCUGUGGAAAAGUUCCCGAGGGCUGGAGCGGCACAUCGCCCUCCAGAAUACAACCUCUUCGUCCAAUUAUUCCAACAACUAUCACCGGAAGCCGAGCUGCAAGUACGAAAAGCGAGCUGUCGGAGUCAGCGAAAGUCAGGUAUCGGUGGAAUCCGAUAAGGUGGUGGUGACGACGUGGCGAUCGCAGAACAGCUUCCACCAGCGUCACGGAACGCAACUUACGCAGGUGUCGCAUUCGUCCAACAAUGUGCUGAGGGCUCGACGGGGGGUCAUCCGGAUGCUGAUUGUGGUGGUGCUGACGUUUGCUCUCUGCAAUCUGCCGUUCCAUGCCCGGAAGAUGUGGCAGUAUUGGUCAACCGACUACAAGGGUGACUCCAACUUCAACGCCCUUUUCACCCCGCUGACCUUCCUGGUGACCUACUUCAACUCGGGCGUCAACCCGCUGCUGUACGCUUUCCUGAGCCGGAACUUCCGGAAGGGCAUGCGUGAACUGUUGCUCUGUUCCUUCAAGAAGAACAAAAACAAAUCCCUCACUCAACGACUCCCACUACAUAACCAUUCCUUACGGACCGAUUCGACCCAUGUAGGACUUCCCCAAUGAUGCUACGACCUGAUCUCGUGCGGCCGGUGCUGCUCCGGCCUCUGGAACGCGUGGGUGGAUGCAUGGCAGGGUGCUUCCGGUCCCGGUCAGCCGA